AUGCAACCCGAGCCCACCGAAUCCACACCACAUCAAUCCCACUCUAUCAACGCAGCAGACCCCCAACCCGAAGCCCAACAUGGCAUUCUUUCCCCAGCAGUCUCUGCAGAUGCAGACCCAGGUCCAUGCCUCAAGCAUGACGCCAUGGGGAUACAGAAGCAGUUGGCAGGAUUGAACCCCGAAGAUGAACGUAGGAAACGCAUCUCUGAAUAUGAAAACGCGCUUUCGCCUUCGCCACCGAGGAAGCAGAGCGAGGGUCCUGGCUUUAAGGUUGUAAAGAAAAAAGGUGCUACAAGAGGUGAUGGUCCGCAGUUGGAUAAUUUUCCUAAUGAGGUCCUCACGCACAUCUUGUCCCAUCUUCCUGCUGCUUCUCUUUCCGCCAUUUCCUCAGUCUCGAAACGCUUCUAUAGUCUAGUUACUACACCCCAUGCCUGGCGGAUCGCCUUUUCGCGCUUCUUCCCCGGCCAAGAUGCCCUUGUCAAUACCAACUAUGCUGAAGAAGGACGCGAGCAGCUCCGCUCCGAACAACGUGUUUUUACCCGUCUCACAGGCCUCGCAUCUUGGCGCAGCGAAUACAUCCUCCGAACACGCCUACUUCGAAGUCUCGGCCGAGGAAAACCAGCUCAAAUUGCUCCCGGCCAUGGUGCAUCGUCUCGCUCCAACAGCGCGGCCAAUAACGCGAAUGCAGUCAUCACGUACAACUCUCAGCUCUUUGCGACAAUCAAUCAUAUCCAUGGCAUCUUCGGCAGCGGGAAGAAGGCGACGAGAUUUGUUCAUGGCACGGAUGAGUCUGGCUCGGCGUGUACCAGUGAUCCUAAUAUUGGAAAGAUUGACAAUUGGGGCCUCUCAGACCCGCAAGCACUGCCGCAGUUCGCGGACCUGUUUGUGGGCGAUGAACCGUAUGGAGCUGGUGAUGGACCUGUGGGGCUACCAAAUUCUAUGGAUGUGAGCCAGCCAUUUGGGAUGGUGUAUGGCGAAGGCUUCCCUGGCGGGCAGACCUACUUUCGCUCUUCUGAGGAGAUGCGAGGGCGUUUUAUCAGUCAGCCGAACGAUGUCCCUGAUGCACAGGCUGGGAUCCCUACGAUUCCCGGGCUUACGGAAGCUAUUUCUGCUGUUUGGGUUGCGAAAUCCGCGGCUGUUCCAAGUGCUACGGAUGGGCUGGUGGGUAUUCUGACGGGGUCGACAUUAGGUAUGGUGACGUCUUACUCACUAGGAGCUGAAACUCCACAUGGUCGUCGCAUUCAAAGGGGUCAGGUUACUGCCAAGUGGGUUCUCAGUCCCGGUGUCCCGAUCAUUGCCCUGAAAGUCGAUGAAUCAUACUCGUUGAAACGCAGAGGUUCUGGUCGUAUCUGGGCUGUGGCACUAAAUUCUCUCGGCGAAGUCUUCUGCCUAAGCGAAUCUCUAAAAUCAGCUCUUGUUGACAGCAAGGUCGAUGAUGGUGAUGUUGGACGUCAAGCUUGGAAUGCCGGCCGCACUGCAUACUGGACUCUCGUCGAGCCAUCCCGCCGCACUGCCAGAGAUGAUCCUUAUCAAGAAGCAGAGAUUCACGGGAGCUACUCUCCAAGAUCUUCGGCAAAGUCAUUGCGUCUUUCCAAAGCUCAAAUCAUUGCCGAGACACAUGAGAUUGAGAAGUUUCUUGCUUUCCCUCCUGUUCAUUUCCGCAAGGCUUGUGAAGGUUGGGAUAUGCGUCGGCAACUGGAGGUUGAUUUCGCUGGCGAUGAUGGAAAUGGGGCGGGCGAGGCAAUUUUUGUUAUCAAUUGCGGACUCGAGGAAGGGCAACAAGCGGUGAUAAAAAGAUUCACGAGAUGGAAGUCUGAACAAGCUUCUCGCGAUGAGUAUCCAGAACCAAAAACACCUCCCAUGGCACCCAAGACUGUCACAAUGGCUUCAUUGUUCGGUGGUGGCAUGGUCAUCACUCCUCCCAGAAAUUCUUCACCCGAGAGGUCUCAAAUGACCUCGUUGAUUGGAAGCCCUAGAAAAAUCUCGCCAGACCGAUCUCCAUCAAUGCCGAGCAGUCCAGCCUCCAGGAUUGUGUCUACAACUCUGAUUGAAGAAUGGCGCACGACGAUCCUUUCUUUGAAGGAUCAUCCAAAUGUUGAAAUCACUACCAGUGGGAUUGAUAUGUCCACCUUUGCUACUCUGAUAGUCGACGAAGAUCCGUUGCGAACCGUCAACGGCAAUUCUGAGGCAUCAUCACCAUUUGGUACACCUUCUGACUUUGAAACUGGUGCAUCUCAACUCCCCGGCUUCCGAGCACGUUUCCUUGCCGUUGGAACCAAACGCGGCUCUGUGAUCGUCUGGAACAUGCGCGGUCCUCAAUCCACCAACCCAGCAUUGGCAAAUGAACUACAGCCCAUUCGUACCAUUUACACGGACUCGCCACAGAUCUCUUGUCUCGCUAUCUCAGCCCUAUACCUCGUUCAUGGUGGUAACGACGGCCUUGUUCAGACCUGGGAUCCCUUGGCUUCAUCCGAACAACCAAUCCGAACCCUCAAUUCUCGCUUCUCUUCCCGUGCCCGUCGCCGUCUCGUACAAGCCGAGGCCUCUGCCCUUGGCGUUGGAAUUAAUCUGUACGCAGCCGGCGCCAUCUGCUUAGAUCCAGACCCAACUGUACUCCGCGGUAUGGUAUCCCUCGGCACACAUUUACGAUUCUGGAGCUACAGUUCUAGCGCCGCAGAUCAAUAUCAAUCCAAGAAGCGUCGCCUACGCAGAUCAAAUGAGAGAGGCAGUAACGGCGGCAGCGAGCGAUUCUCCAACACCGGCCGCGGUGCUUUAAUGGAUUACAUCGCCACUGAACAGGAAGAGCUUAAAGCCGAGAAACAACGACGCGCACGUGAAGAAGCCCGUUUACGCGGUCGUUUCGGCGUCGGACUCAGCGGCAUGAGCGAAGAAGAGGCAUUGAGGUACGCGGAAAUGGUCUCAGUUGAAGCAUUUCAAGAAGAUCAGGAACGCCGAGCCUCUGUAUCUGUUUCCGAAUCUGGAUCUAUAGCUGAUGCAGUGGAGUCGAGCCAGAGCCAGAGUGUUUGGGAGAGUAGCGAUGCGACUGUGACGCCUGAGGGCAGUGUGCGUAAUUCGAGUCCGAAGUUCAAGACGGAUGAUGAAUUUCGGUUUGACAUUGAGGAAGCGAUUCGCUUGAGUUUGAUCGAUGGGGUCGAUGAGACUGGGAGGAGCCCCAAAGCUAGUGGAAGUGGAGGAUUUGAAGUUCCAAUUAUGGUCAAGACGAAGAAAAGUAAGAAGAGUGGCGGACGAUCGCAAUCAAGUAGCCCUUCUCACAGCAGAGCCAGUGUAGGACGAGUUAGGCCAACCGCGGGUGGUAGUCAAGAUGUUGAAGCAGAUGAUUUAGAGCUCGCUCUGCAGUUGAGUCUUGCUGAGGAGAGAAGCAAGCGUGAGUUUGAGGGCGAGAGUCUCAAUGGGGCGCCCAAUGAUGAAUUUCCCGGCUUGGAGCCUAAAGGCAAAGGAAAAGGUCGUGCUGCUUGA